AUGUCCUGGACGAUCUUGAGCCCCGAAUUUGUUAUCACAUGGGCAGGGAGACAGUGGAUAGGCGCUCGAAGAAUUGCUCGGGAACAGGGUUGGACUGUCACUCAUGGUCACUUUUUACAGAUGGGCGGAUUUAUGCUGUACAAGGGAGACGAGAAGAAAGGUGUCUUGUCGUACGAGCGCUUUAAAAUGCUACUUAACAGCAAGCGAAUCGAAUUUCCGAAAGUAAGCCGGGAAGAAAUCGAGGAUCGCAGCAAGAGCGACGGCCUCUGCAAGGCUCUCGUAGUUGGUCAAACCAGCUGGUUUGUUCUACAAUGUAUUGCCCGAAGGAUCAGUCAUUUACCCAUUACCGAGCUGGAGUUGGCUACUUUGGCGUUUGCGGCGCUUAACGGGUGCAUGUAUUUCUGCUGGUGGGACAAACCAUUUGAUGUGCGAAUUCCUAUACCCGUUCAACUUUUAUCAGAGGAAAGUGAAGAAAUAAUUCAAGACUCAAGAGGCGUCUACUCGUUCAAUUUGGGGCCAGCGCCAUUGCAAAUGCAGAGCCCGAACACAUUUCCAGAAAUACACCAAGUGCAAUGGGUCAAAACCUUGCCCACUGCCCUUCGAACCUUCUUUAAUACAAGACUGGACGCCAUUAACGACCUCCAAUUCGUAGCUCAAUUCGCGUACUUUAACAACCCUAAUCGACCCGAAGACGAGGUUGGGCCAAUGCAGGUUCCCGCAUUCUACGCCCUCCUUGCAACAAACGAAGAAUACAACAGGAUAUUCCUUGCCGUCUCAGCGACGGGCACAAUCUUUGGAGCGAUCCACUGCGCAGGAUGGUCCUUCCACUUUCCUACAGCGAUUGAGUUGUGGCUCUGGCGGACCUGUGCAGUAUCGCUCGUGGUUGGGCCGCUCUUCCUCCUAUUUGUGAGCUAUGAGCCCCUCAACGACCACUUUCAACGUUCGCGGUUUUCUGUCAUCCGUUUGUUUGGAGAGUUCUUCGCGAAUGAUCGAUAUGUAAAGCCGCUUGGGUGGUUGUACUACAUCUUGGUCCGCGUUGCGUUGCUUGCUGAGUGUUUUGCUGCUCUGAGGGACCUACCCUCAGCAUCGUAUUCGGUGGUACAGUGGCCGCUUUUUUUGCCGCACAUUUAA